AUGGAACAGCCAGUUCCCAGUGACAUGGAAACUGGAGAACAGUCAAAGUCUCCCUCUCACAUUAAAUUGCUCAGAAUCAACCGAGAGCUUCUGGUCACCCACAUCCGCAACACUCAGUGCCUAUUGGACAACCUGCUGAAGAAUGACUACUUCUCCGAGGAAGACGUGGAGAUCGUGUGUGCCUGCCCAACCCAGCCUGACAAGGUCCGUAAACUCCUGGACCUGGUGCAGAGCAAGGGCGAGGAAGUGUGCGAGUUCCUCCUCUACGUCCUCCAACAACUCAAGGAUGCUUACGUCGACCUCAGGCCUUGGCUGUCAGAGAUCGGCUUCUCUCCUUCCCAGCUCAUUCAGAGCAGAGCUGUGGUCAACACUGACCCAGUGAGCAGGUACACACAGAAGCUGCGGCAUCACCUGGCCUGCGACUCCAAGUUCAUCCUGUGCUAUGGUCAGAAGGAGGAGCUGCUGCUGGAGGAGCUAUACACCGACACGGUCAUGGAGCUGGUGGGCUUCACCAACGAGAGCCUGGGCCUCCUGGGCAGCCUGCAUGGCCUCCUGGACCACUCCACCGGCAUCCUCAACGAACAGGCCGAGACGGUGUUCCUGUCCGGCAACGCUGGGGUGGGCAAGUCCAUGCUGCUGCAACGGCUGCAGGGCCUCUGGGCCAGCGGCCAGGUGGGCGGCGAGGUCAAGUUCUUUUUCCACUUCCGCUGCCGCAUGUUCAGCUACUUCAAGGAGAGCGAUGUGCUCUGCCUCCAAGACCUGCUCUUCAAGCAUUACUGCUACCCGGAGCAGGACCCCGAGGAGGUGUUCACCUUCCUGCUGCGCUUCCCCCACACUGCCCUCUUUACUUUCGAUGGCCUGGACGAACUCCACUCGGACUUUGACCUGAGCAGCGCGCCUGACAUCUCCUCUCCCACAGCGCUCGCCCACCCCCUUGUCCUGCUGGCCAAUUUGCUCAGUGGGAAGCUGCUCAAGGGGGCCACCAAACUGCUCACCGCCCGCACGGGCAUCGAGAUCCCGCGCCAGUUCCUCAGAAAGAAGGUGUUUCUGCGGGGCUUCUCCCCUAGCCACCUGCGGGCCUACUCCAGGAGGAUGUUCCCCGACCGGGCGCUGCAGGCCCGCCUGCUGGAGCAGCUAGAGGCCAACCCCAACCUCUGCAGCCUGUGCGCUGUCCCCCUCUUCUGCUGGAUCAUCUUCCGCUGCUUCCAACACUUCUACUCUGCCUUCGACGGGGCCUUGCAGCUGCCAGACUGCACGCUGACGCUGACUGACAUCUUCUUGCUGGCCACCGAGGUCCACCUGAACAGGACGCAACCCACGAGCCUUGUGCAGAGGAACACUCGGAGCCAGGUGGAGGCCUUCUGCUCAGGCCAGGGAAUCCUGCACUCACUGGGCAGGUUGGCCCUGUGGGGUAUGGAGAAGAACCUGUUUGUCUUCAGCCAGGAGCAGGUACAAGCUUCUGAGUUGCAGGAGGGCGACCUGCAGUUAGGCUUCCUGCGGGCCAUGCUGGAAAUGGGCCCUGUAGGGGAGCAGUUGUCCUAUGAAUUUUUCCACAUCACCCUCCAAGCCUUCUUUACAGCUUUCUUUCUUGUGGUGGAUGACAAGGUGAGCAUGCAGGAAUUGCUCAGAUUCUUCCAGGAAUGGGUGCCUCCUGGGAAGACAGUGGUGGCAUCCUGUUUCCCGCACUUCGGCCCUUUUCAGUGUCUGGGCCGCAGUGGCCUGGCGAGAGAGGACCCUUUCAAAAACAGGGACCAUUUUCAUUUCACCAACCUCUUUCUCUGUGGGCUACUGUCCAAAUCCAAGCAGAAACUCCUCCAGCACCUGGUGCCUGUGGCCACCCUGAAGAGGAAGCGCAAGGCCCUGUGGGCACAUCUGUUUGCCAGCCUGAGGUCCUACCUGAAGAACCUGCCCCGAGUUCAGACUGGGGACUUCAACCAGGUGCAAGCCAUGCCCACCUUCAUCUGGAUGCUGCGCUGUAUCUACGAGACACAGAGCGAGAAGGUGGGGCAGCUGGCGGCCAGAGGCAUCUGCGCCAACUACCUCAAGCUGACCUACUGCAACGCCUGCUCAGCUGACUGCAGCGCCCUCUCCUUUGUCCUGCACCAUUUCCACAAACGCCUGGCCCUCGACCUGGACAACAACAAUCUCAAUGACUAUGGUGUGAGGGAACUACAGCCGUGCUUCAGCCGCCUCACUGUCAUCAGACUCAGUGUGAAUCAGAUCACAGACAGUGGGGUGAAGGUGCUAUACGAAGAGAUGAUCAAAUAUAAAAUCCUGACAUAUCUGGGCUUGUACAACAACCAGAUCACUGAUGUGGGAGCCACGUACAUCGCCAAAAUCCUAGAUGAAUGCAAAAGUCUCACACACCUUAAGCUAGGACUAAACAAAAUAACGAGUGAAGGAGGCAAGUGUCUCGCCCUGGCUGUGAAGAACAGCAAAUCCAUCUUAGAGAUUGGGAUGUGGGGCAAUACAAUUGGUGAUGAAGGGGCACAGGCCUUCGCAGAGGCUCUGAGGAACCACCCCAGCUUGAUCAACCUGAGUCUUGCAUUCAACGGCAUCUCCACAGAAGGAGGAAAGAGCCUUGCACAAGCCCUGCAGCGGAACACGUCUCUGAAGAUAUUCUGGCUGACCAAAAAUGAACUCAAUGAUGAAGUGGCAGAGAAUUUGGCAGAAAUGCUGAAAGUCAACCAGACGUUGAAACAUUUAUGGCUUAUCCAGAACCAGAUCACAGUCAAGGGAGUUGCCCAGCUGGCAGACGCAUUGCAGAAGAACACCGGCAUCAUGGAGAUUUGCCUAAAUGGGAACUUGAUAAACCCAGAAGAGGCCAAAGUGUUUGAAGAUGAAAAGCGCAUUAUCUGUUUCUGA